AUGUCAAAUGAACGUUCAACCGACCCUAUCUCGGUCCCAUCUUCUUCUGCGCACCGACGCCGAGCAUCCUUGGCCUCAGGCCUCUCCUUUGCGGAUUAUCUAUCUAGGUCCGGCAGCCAGGGACAUGCUGCGGGCGCACCCACGGGCUCUAUGGAUAGUUCAGUGGGUAAUGCACCACCCAGUCAAGGUCGACGACUGUCCAUCACCACCUUGGGGCUCGCUGGAUCUCCGAAUCAAUCGUCUCCAUGGGGAAGCAAAAGCAUGCGGCAUGGCAGCAUUUCCAGCUCAGUUGGAUCCGGUUCGGCAAAUCUAGAAGACGCUGUCGUUGAAGACAGUGAGAGUGGCGGACCAUCUAGCGCCGCUCCUCACUCUCCAUUCGCGCGACGUCUUUCUUUUGGCGCGCAAGCGCUACGAGAUGCUCGUGCUGGCAGCAUUAGCAACGGUAGAUAUUCCCCCCCUGGGAUUCCUGCGUCUAGCAGACGACGUUUACCGCCUACAUGUAGCAAAAGCUCCCAUAGCCCCACAGAGUCAACUGUUGCAAGCGAAGGCUUCAACUGGUCUGAAGCCCUGCGAACCCGGGCCGAGCGUGCCCCAUCCUUGGGAAUAACUUCGCCCAACACGCCUCAAACCCAGCUCUUAAGCGGCUCAGGCCAGCAAUGUCACCACCAGCGGGCUACCUCGAUUGCUUCGAUGGAGCAACCGACUCGCGAAAUUCCCAAGCAACCCAAACAGAACAAGCCUGACUUUUUUCAGGAGAAGAUUCUUCGCGGCGAUUUCAUGGAUUAA